CAGGUCACUCCACGUGAAUUUUUUGAAUUUUUGUUAUACCACAAGCUUCAGUUAAAAUAGAUUUUAUGAAAACAAAAUUGAAAACAAAACAAGGGGGACACGGUGGACCCCAAAUCCUUUAUCCUUGCACUGUGGCCUCUGUGAGAAAGUGAUGUGGCAUCCUGAGUUGAUGCGAGUGAAGAAUUUCUCUGAUUUAAAAACAAAGAGCUUUUCAAAAGAGUGGUACUGACUUCUCAGGAGAAGCAGGAACAAUAGAGGAAAAAAUCCUUAAGAUGAACGCGUAUGAUGUAAAACUAGGCAAAAUAUCCAUGUUCCAGUGUAAUAACACCAAACAUAAGGAGAAAAUCAUCUGACCCAAGACUGUGAACGUCCUGAAGUGAAUCCUUUAAGAAGUUAUGGAAGGACCUGAAGGUUAGUUGUCACUCUUGCUCUCCGUUGGAUGAAAUCUAUUGAGAAGAAUGGAAGAAAAUCUUCCAGAUCUAAUUUACAAAGCCUACGCUGCCACAGCCAAGAAGACUGCAGUUAUUUCUGUGAAAUGACUACAUCAACACAUACGAUAGUCUUGACUACCCUGGAGGCAUUCAGUUCUGCCAUAUUCAGUUGUGAUUACACCCACUGCCCUGGACAUGAACCUGCUAACAAACACAAACCAAAAACCAACAAUGGAAGAUCCUUCAGCAGUCAAGGAAAAAAUCAGCAAAUUGCUCUUCAUUGAUUGUCUCUGUUUCUUGGAGUUUACAUCCUAGAUGGUUUCCUUUGUUCAUUUGUAUUCAUUUUAAAAUGAUGAAAAUAUUCUGGUAAUUUAUAUCUAAAAUGAAUCAAACAAAACUGGAAAAUCAUAAGACAGCACAAAAUAAAAGUCGUCAUUCAAGGGAAACAAAUGCAGCUUUAGAAGGCCUCUUUACAACAUUUGACUUGUGUGUUGCUUGCAAUAUUUGUGUUAAAAGGGAAAAUGAUGAAGUCUGUGUCUUAAGGCCUGUGGGUCACUCGUGCAGACAUGAAGUGCUCUUGGCCAAACUGCAAGCAGAUGGACAGAAAUGGAAGUGUAUCAGUCGUCGGCCAAAGUUUCCGAAUCCUUCUAAAUAUGAAGUGUGCUGGUAUUAUAAUGCCAAAACAGGAUGCACAAAGCACAAAUACAACUGUACCUUUGCUAGAAGUCAAGAGGAAGCCCAACUCUGGACGUUUUGGAGAAACCACAAUUUGACUUAUGGAGAUUUUAUGCAUUGGAUGAUCAAGAAACAAACAGUGGCUAAUAAAGUAGGGGUAAGAAUAUUAUCAAGUGAAGCUGAAAAAAUCAUACAGGAAUUUGGGGGCCAAUUCCAAGAGGUGUGCUACUUCUGCUUUUACAAUUCUCCUCAACAAAUUUCAGCAAAAGGAUGGGAUAUGCAUUGUGCUUCUGAGAUGAGACAUAAAUGGAGUCCUCUGCUGGUCUGCAGACUCAUGCGGGGUCUUAGGGUGAGGUAUCAUGAAAUUAGACCACUUUCUUCUCACUGUAACCUUUACUGCAGUCAUGUCAGGCGAGGGAUGCAGUGCUGGCACGAUGCAAAUGACUGUAAGUCGGCUCACAGUGAAGUUGAAAUGAGUGUUUGGAAAGCAGAGGCCAGCGGAAAAUUAAACCGAUUAGAGCUGAUUACUUUAUCGCAGAGAUGGGAUCCUCCAACACAAUCCACCUCAAAGAUUCACUGUAAAGCUUGUUUGUUGACCUUCUCGACUCACGACAGCUUUACUAAACAUUGUUCUUCAGUGGAACAUGCAUCAAUGAUCAGUGAGGACCCAGUUAUGGACUGGAAGUAUAGACCACCACCCGUCAGUGGAAACUUUGCAAUUUGCAAAAGACCAGAUACCUGUGAUUAUGGAGAUAAUUGUGUUUAUGCCCAUUCCAAGGAUGAACUGCAAGAGUGGUACAUGAGAAGGAGAACUGCACAUAAGAAAAGAAGAACCUAUGAAGAACACGGUCUGCUGUCCUAUAGAGAGAGGCUGCUGGAUGAGUACAGGAACUGCGGCAGCGAAGUGCUAAUAAUGGCAGAGCAGCUCGAUGAUGUUACUGUGUCAUGUGAUAAUAAGAUGAUAAUGUUGUGCAAAGAAAAGGAAACGUUGAUGUGGAACUUUACAGUGGAGUCUGAGAUGCAGUUGGUGUACGUUGCCUUAUUGAAGCAAGAACCCGGAGCCAUGUUUACAUUGGGUGAAGAUUUCAAAGACUUUUGCUCUUAUGAUAAAGGGUCCACAUUCUACGUCUCAGGUGUCAACUACCGAGUUAAGGUUUCUUUUCAGUCGGUCACCUCUGGUGUCUAUGAACAGUGGGUAGUUUUUGAUUUUGAUUCUAGGCCUGUUUUAGUCCAGAAAAUCCAAGCUACAGUCUGUCAACAUGAUGAACCUACUGAAGCCAAUGAGCUAUGCAAUGAGACAAUUUCACCUGUGACACUACUGCGCUGGAAUAGCGGUAAUCGUCUGGUGAUACCUUAUUUUAUAAAGACAGAAGAAGAACAGAGCUUACUUACAAAAUACAAGUCCCCUGUAUUAAUGCCACAUUUUAAACAAAACACUGGCAUCAAUGUACCAAUUACAAGGUUGAAUUACAAAGACCGAAUGCACAGCUUUCUCUACAGAGAAGAAUACGCGGAAGAAGAAGUGCUAUCCAGGCUCAGUUUGCAAGUAACCAUUACACCAACAAACUGUGUUUCCAAUGAAGUCACUGGGAUGAAGUUUUCCCCCAAUGGAGAAUUGUUAGCCGAAGUCCCAGUUCCGUAUGUUUUGACCCCCGACACACAUGAAGGAUACCUGUUAAAAAGAGUUGUCAAGUCAGUUUAUUUAGCACCGUGCCCAAAGAAAAACAUAAACGUGUAUGAAGCAGCCAUUCGCCAAGACACGGGAAAUGAAAAAAACAUCUGCUUGUCAAUUUCAAAGCGCUGCAUUGCUGAUCUCGGCUUGGAGAUAGGAAAACAACAUGAUGUAGAAAUCCAGUUUCAGAUGGACCGACUAUAUUUCUGCACAUGUCACCUCGCAGUGGAUCUUAUAACAAAUAUAAACGGAGUGUUUCCAGACUUUGCAUCAUGCACAUUCCCUUCUGGUGACACUAGUAUUUUGAAACUCAACCCAAAACAACAAGCUGCCAUUUCUUAUAUUACUGGGGACACAUUUGCUCAGAAACCUGUCGCCCCUUUACUUAUUUACGGGCCCUUUGGUACAGGAAAAACGUUCACGCUAGCAAAAGCAGCAAUGGAAACGAUACGCCAGCCUAACACAAGAGUGCUGAUCUGUACUCAUACUAACAGUGCAGCUGAUUUAUAUGUGAAGGACCAUUUUCACCCUUAUGUUAUGUCAGGACACCCAGAGGCAAAACCUUUAAGAGUUAAAUUUUGUGCUGCCAAAAUCAGCUCCACUGAUGAAAUCACUCUACAGUACUGCCAUAUGUCUGAUGACAAAGAGAAGUUCACUGACCCAAACAGCGCGACACUGAGCGCACAUCGAAUCAUUGUCACUACUGCCAUGAUGUCCAAGAUAUUUCAUGACCUUAACCUGCCUGAGGGAUACUUUACUCAUAUCAUGAUUGAUGAAGCCUCUCAGAUGUUGGAGUGUGAUGCUUUAAUGCCUCUCAGCUUGGCAGGACCAAUGACGCGAAUUGUUCUUGCUGGAGACCACAUGCAAAUGGGGCCAAAGCUGUUUUCAGUGGGGGACAACCAAUGCUCUGAUUACACUUUGCUGAAUCGCUUAUUCCAUUUUUAUCAAAGAGAGAAGCACCAGCUAGCUUUGAAAAGCAGGAUCAUAUUUAAUGAAAACUAUCGGUCCACUGGAGAUAUCAUUAAAUUUGUGUCUGUUAACUUUUAUACUAAGGAAAAGCAUGGAAUAAAAGCCAGUGGAAAGGUGACCCCUCAUCCAGAGUUUUAUCCAUUAAUGUUCUACAAUGUUCAUGGCACCUGCUCCUUGGAUCCCUUGAGUAGAAGCUGGUUCAACCAUGAAGAGGUCUGCAAGGUUGCAGAAAUUGUGGAAGACCUUGUUCAAAAAUGGCCGCAAGAAUGGCAGAAGUGCUCACUGGAUAAGAUUUGUGUUGUUUCAGAAGGGGCACAGGUAAAUCUUAUGAGAAAUGAAUUAAGAAAACGGAAACUGGCACGUGUUACUGUAGAAAAUCUGGCAAAUAUUCAAGGGAUCCAGUUUAGGGUGAUUAUAAUCACCACAGUGCAAACUCGGCAGAGUCUGCUAUCCUCAAAACUGGAACAUCUAUCAUUUUUUAAUGAUGCCCGAGCUUUAAAUACAGCCAUGACAAGAGCCCAGUCACUAGUGGUUGUGGUCGGAGAUGCGGCUGCACUUUGGUAUUUUGGAAACUGCAGCAAGAUCUGGGCAAAUUAUAUUCAGUUGUGUCUUAAUAAUUCAUCAGCUCACCCUGAAUCGUUUAAUAUGGAAUAUGUCAACCAGGUCAUAGCAGAGAUUGCAAAAUUUUUAAAGAGAGAAGAUGAGCUUGACAAUGAUAGUGAUACAGAAUCAUGUUCAUCGGAACUGAACGAUACCCUUGAAGAUACAAUAUUGCAAGAGUUACUGGACGAAAGCAAAAAUAUUAAGGUAGCUGUUACAGAGGAAGGACUGGUCAAUGUAAUGCCAUGCCAAAGUCUGAAUGAAGGUGCAGGGAUCCGAGAAAGUAGAGAGGACCUUUAUACUGAUAAUGAUUCUGAAGAUCCUUUAUACCAUCUUUUACAUAGCCAGCCUGAUAUAUACAAAUAUUGUGAACUGGAAUUUGAAAAUUAUGAGUCAGCUAAUGCUAGACCUCUUAAGCAGCCAACACAGACCAUUAAAAUCAAAGGAAGGAAGAAUAUUGGCCGGUGUUUUCCUGGUGAUCAGGUUGUUGUGGAAAUCUUUACUAAUGACAAUGGCAGUAAUGAACUUUUCGGAAAAGUUAUUGGAGUACUGAAAAAAGGCGAUACUCCCAGGGUAUUUGUCUGCAUGCUUGAUAAUUAUGACACACAAGUAAUGACACCUAUUGACCCCUGUGUCACUAAAAUAUACACUCCGAGUUAUAAGAACAAUCCGAAUGUUAUAGCGAUACGAAAGUAUGACAGGGGGAACUGGAUCACAGUCCGCCAGGAAAAAUUAAAUGAAGAAUCAAAGAGGAAAAUGCUAUAUGUGGUGGAAGUUAUAAAGUGGAAAAAGCAAUUUUUUUAUCCUCUAGGCAUUAUAAUUGAUGUUAUCCCUGUUAUAAGAGGUCCAGAAGAAGGAAUUAAAGCUCUAAAUCUAGAAUACCAUUUGACCAAAACUUAUCCUCCUGAAGUAAUCGCUGAGGUAGAGAAAUAUAAAGUUUCCUCAAUUAAUGGGGGAAAAAGGCUGGAUAUUCGCAGCUACUGCACCUUUACCAUUGAUCCAAAGAAUUCAAAAGAUUUGGAUGAUGCAAUCAGUGUAAGAGAUUUAGGAGACUGUUAUGAAAUUGGAAUUCACAUCGCCGAUAUAGCAAGUGUUAUCCCAAAGGAUAGUGCCCUAGACAAAGAUGCCAGAAAACGUGGAUGUACGUUUUAUUCUCUCAAAAAUGUAUCAGUUCCAAUGCUACCAACCAAGCUCAGUGAAAAUCUCUGUAGCCUGCUGCCCAAUAAGGAUCGACCUGUCAUAUCGUUGUUCAUUCAAGUAACAAAAAAAGAUGACAGAGUGAUUAAAGCAAAAUUUACAUUGGCAACCUUAAAAUCAAACAAAAACUUUUCGUACGAAGAAGCAGAGGAGAUCAUCGAACAAAUCGAAGGAAGUUCGCUUAAGUUUGACUCAUUGCAAGACUGCUUAGCUGUAGCUUAUCACUUUUCUACAGUGCACAGAAAGUGUAGGCUUCUGGAUGACUGGUACUACGAUCAGCCAACAGAAGAAUGCUCUCUAGGUAAAAGACGGUCCCAUCAGAUGGUGGAGGAGCUCAUGAUCAUGUACAACAGUUUUGUGGCUGAAUACUUGACACGUAAAGACAUUUCAAAGAACUCUACUCCUCUGAGAUGUCAGUUUGGUCCCAAUCCACAACAGAUUAAAGAACUGAAAAAUAAAUAUGGUCACCUAAUAGAGUUGUCUGUUCACCUUUCCUAUCGAAUAGGUGCUAGUGGCCAACGUGUCUAUGAACCAAAAGAAAGCCAAAAAAGAUCUGCAGAUCUACAAAAUGUUCCUAAUCAGCCUAAACGUGCUGUGAAAAGUAUGGAUAUGAGAGUUUCUCAAUGCAUAAAAACAGAACCAUUCUUUCCAAAAAACACUUUUUGUCUUCUCACUUCUGUGUUGAAUCAUCUUGAGUGUGCUGUCCAGAAAAGGAACUUCUACAAGAUUGUUGAAAUCAUCACAACAGAUGACAUCCACCCAGAAUUGCUCCCAGUGAUUUUCGAGUUUAGGAAGCUCCUUGGGAGAUCAUACAUAGUGCGUUCCAACUCAUCCCCUCUUUCUAAACUGGGACACUAUUCCAUGCAGCUGGAUUCAUACACCUGGGCAUCUUCUCCUAUUCGCCGCUAUUUGGAUAUAAUCAUACAAAGACAUCUUCACUCGGCUAUUUGCAAAGGUGUAAUUCAGUACUCCAAUCAAGAUAUUGACAUAUUGUGCAGAGAGUUUACAAAGAAGCAUAAGAAUGCUUCAGCGUAUGAAAAAAAGUUCUUCAGUUUAAAUUUUGCAUCAAAGCUCAAAAGUCAAAAUGUACAAAAACUUGCAUUUGUACUCAGUAUAGACCCUAAAAUGAGUAGAUUUGGGGUUUGUUUUCCAUUUAAUAAAGAAUCUUUAGCAGAUGUACACUAUAUAGGAUAUAGAGACCUGAAACUGAUGGACCAGCCAAUAUUCAAUGAAGAAGAACAAUACACCACAAUAAGAUGGAUUCGAAGACUUUACUCAAUGGAAAGUCCCAGCAUCCAUGAUGAAAUAAAAAGUCAUCAGUCGAAUGUGCACACAACCAUCCUGCAGUCUGAAACUUGGAAAGAAAUCAUUCAAUCAUUGAAAGCAGAGAACUUUGAGAACGUUGUGGAUAUUGUCAAAACAAUCAGAAUGGCACCUUUAACAAAACUGACACCAAAAGCCCAUAUCCACAGUCAAAACAAAGCUGUGACUGAGCACUAUAUUAAUCUUUCAGUUAAUCUGAAAGGUGGAGAUAUUUUUCAAGUGCAGAUGUCACCUACCAUCAAGCGUGGGUUCUUGGUUCCUACUGUUCAACUUUUGAACCUAAAUCCAAAAUUUGAUGUAUGUUUGGAACAUUCAAAAGACCCCAUCGGGUGCUUCGCCAAAUAUGCUAUCCGUGCAUCAAAAUCCCGUUAUCGCAACAUAAAAGAAUACCAAACAAUAUGGAAACCACUGUGUGAGAUGGAAUCUGUUAUAAGUUCAGUUGAAGAAAAUGAUUCCAUUAUCCUUGAAGAUAUGGAUUUAAAGUGGCCCAGAGAACACUCAGAUUGCCUCAAAGGCAGCUUUGUUUUGCCACUAGAAUAUAAAAAGGAGUGGUGCAUUGAAUGUGAUCUUAGUAAAUGCUUUUUGUGCAUCCGGAGACGGAACUUGAAACUACGGAAGGGUGGCAAUGACUCGGCAGAGUUCCAAGAUCUGAGCUCUGAAUGUGUGGAUCCUGCCUGCUUUACCUGGAUUGCGCAUGGAGUAACAACAAAUGCAGAAGAGCACAAGUCUAAAAUGCCUGGCUACAUUGAAGUGCAUUUCAAAAUCAAUCAGACCUCUAUGGAAGACACCCCAGAAUGCCUAUUCCAGGCAGAUUCCAAAUUCACUGUGGAGUUAAUCCCAAAACUACUUCCAGAUGUGCGUAAGGACCAAGCUAUCACUAACCUUGCACGGGCUAAUGAACUCGUAAAGAACAUUGCACUUGGGAUUUCAGUCUCUUCUACACGUUUUAUAGAAAUCGGUUCCGCAAUUUCAACGCGCAAGGACUUCUUCAUUCCAAAAUACAAAGAACUUGGUCUUCCAAAGCUGAAUGAGAGUCAGAAUGAAGCAAUAAGGCAAGCUCUCAAACACGAGUUUACUGUUAUCCAAGGCCCUCCUGGAACAGGAAAAACAGUUGUUGGUGUUAACAUUGUCUACUGGUUUCAUCAGUUAAAUAAAGAGGCUGGCAGCCGCAAGCAACACCUGCUUCCAAAAAGGGCUUCUAAGACAGACGAAGCAGAGACAUCCAAGAAAGAUUAUGUCCUUUACUGUGGACCCUCAAAUAAAUCUGUUGAUGUUGUUGCAGAAUAUCUCCUUAAGUUUACAAAUAUUCUGAACCCACUCAGGGUUUAUAGUGAACAGAUGGAAAUGAUGGAGUUUCCUUACCCUGGUAGCAACUUGCAGCUUUCUCGAAAGUACCUCAGAGAAGGAAAACCAAAGCCUGAACUCUGGUCCAUCACCCUUCAUCAUCGAAUACGGAUGGACCACAAUCCUUUUGCAAAAGAAAUCAGGGCAUUUGAUGCAAGAAUUAAGGCAAACGAACACAUUACAGAAGCAGAAGUUGAAAGUUAUAAAAAGUUGCUCAGCAAGGCCCGGAAGUAUGAACUGGACGGCCAUGAUGUCCUGCUGUGUACAUGUACUGCUGCUUCAAGUCCUACCUUGACAAAUAAGACAAACAUGCGGCAAAUUUUGAUUGAUGAGUGUGCUAUGGCAACAGAACCAGAGGCUUUUAUUCCUCUUGCCAGCUAUAAGCCAGAGAAGAUUGUGCUCCUUGGUGAUCAUAAGCAGCUUCAACCUGUGGUGCAAAGUACUCUUCUGCAGAGACUUGGAAUGGAAAAAUCCCUCUUUGAGCGUUACAUGGACAAAGCACUAAUGUUAGACACGCAAUACCGUAUGCAUGAAGACAUCUGUAAAUUUCCCUCCCAGGAAUUUUAUGGUGGUCAUCUGAAGACAGAUAUUGUUCGUCCCAGAAGCGUCUUCCAAGUAAAGAAGCAUCGAUGUACUCCAAUACUUUUUUGUCAUGUCCAGGGGAAGGAGAUAAGUCUCAUGGUUGCCACAGAGAAAGGGAAUGAAAAUUCAAAAGCAAAUCUCGAAGAAGUCAAUGAAUGUGUUUGUGUAGCUAAAUUGCUGAUGAAUGUUGCCAAAAUCAAAUCAGAAGACAUUGCAAUUCUGACACCAUACAAUGCCCAGGUAGCAGAAAUCAAGAACACUCUGCAAAAGCAGGGAAUCACAAACCUUACAGUGACCACUAUAAUGAAAAGUCAAGGUAGCGAAUGGCGCUAUGUCAUCCUUUCUAUGGUGCGUUCCUGUGAAGAAGCGGAGAUUCAGCGUUACCCUGUCAAGUCCUGGAUGGCUAAACAUUUAGGCUUUGUUGUGAAUCCAAACCAAGUUAAUGUUGGCAUCACACGAGCUCAAGAAGGACUUUGCAUUAUAGGGAACCGGAUUUUGUUGAAUUGUAACAGCCUUUGGAAGAGACUGCUGGAGCAUUAUAUGAAGAUGAACUCUGUAGUAGGUCCAAAGGAAUUUAGUGUCCUGCCGCGUUGACAACAGAGGAAACAAUAGAAGAAAUGAAAAAUGUCUAGCACAAAACUGUCAAUAUAUCCUUGAAACCAAGGAAAUCUGGGACCAAUUUUUAAGAAUGUUUGUUUUGCUGAUCAUCUGCAGUUGGUGGCCUUAGAGGCACUUUUCUAUUUUUUUCAGAGGCCUGGUGUAUGUUGGUGAGAUGAAUAUUGAAAAAACUGCUUUCUUAUUUGUUGUGAAAAUAUUGCUUUUAUGUAAUUUUGCAUCCAUUGUACAAAGCAUGAACCAAGGGAUCUUUCGAAUGUAAUUUUUAAGAAUGAAAAUGUGCAAAAGUUUCCUCAGAACCCAUCAGACUCAGAUACUUACAGUUCAAUCGCUCCAGUCCUCAAACCAUCACACCGAUGACGUAAUUCACAAAACUUCUCUGUGGCAACCAAAGAGACGGCUACUGUGUCACAAAAUAGCGGCGACCAAAAGCAAACAAAUUUAAUGAAAAACUGUUUCAAGAAUAUGCAAAUGAAAAAAAAUAAACAAAAGAAGAAAAAACAAAAUAAGAAAAACAUGAGCCUGAGAAGAAAUCGUAACCAUUGAUUACCAACUCUUGCACAGACAGGAUGACUUUGGACCAAAUCAAACUCAUCACAGAUCGCUAUGACUGAGUCACUGUGGAUGUCGCACUACAGGACUGGUAGUCACAUGCAUGCACCACGACUGUUUACAGCUCACUAAGAUGGUGUAAAUGAAGGCUACAACUGAGAAUUGCCGGAAAAGUCAUGAGGGGUGGCAACGUCUUACUGAAAUAUGCAUGAGAAAAAAAUCAAAUGCAACAAAUUAGGUGAAUCAUCGCCAGCUUCAGACUAAAACGAUCUCAAUUGCAAUAAACCAAAAUUAGGUGUUUCCUCCUAUUGGAGAUCAAUGUAAGUGACCAAAUGUACUCCUUUUUGUUUAGUGUGUUAUUUUACACCGAUAAGUGGAUAAUUUGACAAGCGAGCAGUCAAUUAUUUAUUUGUGCUUAUCGCUGUUGGAUAAUUUCAGUUGCUGGUUGUGUGUUACUGAAGGGGUAACAAAUAAGUGACAGUCAUAUGGUAGUUCUGGUCUCGUGAUCAGAGAUGAUUCCUGACCUGAUCCCAAUGGAGGUAAUCCCCUGUUCUCCCCAACUGCCUCAAUGCAGAAGUGGGUUUGUAAAGCAGAUCAGCAUGGAAUCACCACAGCUGUAUUUCUACAAAAGUGUUCAGACCAGGGCAUUGUUUAAAUUCAUACCAAAUUAGCCAGGUUGUAAAUUAAAAUGUAAUGUUUUGCUAAUUUAAUAACUUUUUACUUUUAAACCAGGUAAAUUAAUUUAAACCUUAAUGAGGAAAGCACUUUUGGGACAACAUACUUUUAUAUUUUUUAAGUAGUUGUUUUCUAAUUGACGAGGAAAUAUGAAAUGAAAAAAGACUACUGAUGAUUUCUUUGUCUAUUUUUAUUAAAUUGCUUUCAUAACC